GUGAAUUUUCUGCUUAAGUACAGUAACAAAGUAUUUGUACUGUAUUACAUUGCAAUACUCAUCAUAAGAACAAAGAAUACAGUAAAAAAAACACCACAACAUAAACAAACAAGUCACUAAAGAAACCGUUCAACAGUAUCAUUAACGAUGGUUCCACUCCAGGUUUAAGAAAGUCAGGGUCCUUACACUGUUCUGUCUGUGAUUUUAAAGCUGUAUUGUAUAAUAAAGUUUUAAUAAUUAUUCUAAACAUUGAUAAAACAAAGAACCAUAGUUUGCUGUGUCCAAGAUAAAAUGUCCUCUGUGGGACAAUAAAAAAUUGAUUUGAAUAAAGCUGUCCCCAUGGGCAUUAGUAUUAUAAUAGUGUAUAAUGCUUUUUCUAGAGGUGGUAUUGCUGUGCAGGAUGGUGGGUGUGUUCUCGGGUGGGUGCUGUGAUGUAAGGAGGGAGGUGAGGGUGGGGGCUCCUCUCUCUCUCCUCCCCCCUCUCUCUCUCUCUCCCCCAUAGAGCGCAGCAUGAGCGCUCCACAGCAAAAGGAUGUGCGAGCAGGCAGCGCGUUACUGUAGGGACGGAGUCCACAAACUGCUCAACAAAGAACAAGCCAAACUUCGAGCCCAGGAAACCCGCGAGCUGCAGCCGAACCCCGUGGCCGGUCAGGACAGCGAGUCCGCGACGGCAGCGCAGUCCGGAAACAGCGGCGCUCAGCCCGGUGGAAUCGACGGGCUCGUCCGCUGGAUCGUCACCAAAAUGAGCGACAACAAGAACAUCUCCAGCCGGGAGUACGCCUCCAGCAAGGAGGACGUGGCCGUGGCGCAGGAGCAGUUCUUCGCCCCGGAGCCGCGCAGAGGCAUCUCCGUGAUUCUGGAUAUAUUCAGAAGAGCCGACAAAGAUGAUGAUGGUAAACUGUCUCUGGAUGAGUUCCAGGCCUUCUUCUCGGAUGGCACGCUGAACGAGGAGGAGCUGGAGAAGCUGUUUCACACCAUCGACUCUGAUAACACCAGUAAUGUUGACACUAAGGAACUCUGUGACUACUUUGCCAAACACAUGGGGGACUAUGAGGGAGUCCUGGCCUCGUUGGAAACUCUCAACCUGUCCAUCCUCAAAGCCAUGGACUUCACCAAGAAGGUGUAUGAGAGAGGAACCAACGUGGAGCAGUUUGUAACACGCUUCCUCCUGAAGGAAUCAGCCAAUCAGAUCCAGUCUCUUCUGAACUCUGUGGAGAGCGCCGUGGAUGCCAUCGAUGAACAGCACAGCCAAUCAGGUCAUCCACCCGCCAAGGUGAGUCCACGAGUGCCCGAGAGACGCUACGAAAACACUGUCCCCGACUAUCCUCCCAACAACAGAGUCAGUGCCAGGGAAGCUGUCAGGACCAUUAACACUGCUUCAGGAGCAGUGGAGGUGAGGAAAGAAGGUCUGGAGUCGCAGAUCAACCGCCUGGCUGAACUCAUCGGUCGACUGGAGAAUAAGACGGUCUGGUUUGAUCUGCACCAGAGGCUAACAGACACAGAUGGCACCACCAGCGCAUCCUUGCUGCUGAUUCGUCAGGAGAUGGUUGUUUCCCAGAAGAAGCUCGGCGAGUUCUGCGAGGCUCUGAAGCAGUACCUGAAGAACGUCUCCGCUCAGAGAGACUGCUUUCAUGUGACCGCCGUGCGUCUGCCAGACGGUUUAUCCUUCGUCGUCUACGAGUUCUGGGACGGAGAGGAAGAGUGGAAGAGACACCUCCAGUCUCCCCCCAACAAAGCCUUUCAGCAUGUGAAGGUGGACACACUGUGCCAGCCCGAGGCCGUCUCCUCUGUAGCCGUGCCAGCCGCCUGGUGCAGCGUGAAGAGGGCCUGAGCAUGAUGACGAUAACGCGUCAAGACUCCUGGACUCUGUCCACGUCCUCUUUAAGUCGUCCCCCUUUUAUCCCUAAAACCUUUUUUUGUCCCUUUGCAUUUUCACCCACUCUCACUCCCCUUUCCUCCUCCUCCUCCUCCUCCUCCUCCUAUGCCCCCUCAAUCCUCACAUUCCCUCAACUCUUUUUGUAAGUACAUGUUUACACAGUGCAAAUCAAUGGUGUCAACUUCAGUGAAAAAAAAUGCAUUUUACGGCGUGAGAUUAUUUAAACACGUUUGCAUCUCGCCCCUGGGUAGUUUGCUGGUUUGAGAUUUUGGAUUAUUUCAUGUUGAUGAUUCAAGUAGCUUUUGAGCCACUGGUGAGGUGGAGUUUGUCAUGUAGCAUGGACCCGCGGUUGAGUUUUUCAUGUAGCAUUAACUGUUUUUGGGAAGAGCAUUGUGUGGUUUUGUUUUCCCCCCCUCAUUAUUAUUAUUAUUAUUAUUAUUAAUUUAUAUUAAAGGUAGAAUUUACACGAAGCUCACUAUAUGUAGCUGUCACGUCAUAGGAGCUGCUCUUUCCACAUUAUUUUAUUCCAACAACUAUUAUUUUUUUGAUUUGUAAAAUGACCACAUUGUUGGGACAUUAUUCCCACAUCAGCCAUUCUGAACUUCCAGUGAUACAGUAUGUUGGGUAAAUGAGGUUCCAACACGCCAAUAUUAUCUGUAAUCUCAGGAAAUCACUGCAUGCUUGACUAAACUUUAGCUUGAGGGUUAGGAAACAGAUUUUAAGUAACAAAUAGAGUAUAAAAGGUGAAGUUCUGGCGAGAGAGUUCUGGUAGUUCUGGUAGUUACUCUUGUGCAGGUAGAUUUGUCUAAAAGAUGAAACAACCAAGAUGGCUGCUGCUGAUGUAAAGAGCUCUGUUGAAUCCUCUAUAAAGUAAAAGUAUUCUCUUCACGCUAUAGUCUCUUAAAAUGUGCUGUCUCUUGGGUCAUAUGUCCACAGGUUUCCCCAAGUUGUCAUGAUUCUAUUGUCAUGUUCCCAAGAUUUUAUCUUCCGAGGAUCACAUGUUUUCCUAAUUCUUACAUUCGCCAGAUUUCAUGUACACAAUGUCAUACGUUCCCAAGUCCAUGCUUUUGUCACGUGUUCCCAAUAUUUUGUUUUCAGGAUCAUAUUUUUCCCAAGUUCUUACAUUCCCUAGAUUUUAAUGUUCCCAAUGUCAUAUGUUCUCAACUCCUUGCCUCCCAAAGAUUUUAAGUUCCCAAGAAGAGUCAUUUAUUCCCAAAUUCUCACAUUCCCUAGAUGUUAUGUCCCCCAAGGUCAUAUGUUCCUAAGUAAACCUAAUUAGUCCCUUUAAAUGUGGGCAUAUAAUAGUGAAACUUAUUCUGCAGUGCUGUGGAACGCAUGACAAGUUCCCAAUGUUUGUUAAUAAGAAAAUACUGAGCAGAGGAACGUCAUUUUCAGGAAUGUGUGAGAGGACAUUAGAGUAUGUAGAACUGGGGAACGUAGGACCAAGCAUCCCAUACAUAAACUUGAAGAACUUGAAGGCUCUCGAGCUCCAGUAAUAAUGAGCAGCAGAUACUUGUAGCUACAUUAGCAUCAUCAAAUCCAAACAUUAAAACCUGAAUAUACCUUACUGCUGACUAAAGAGAGUUUGGUAGCUCAGUACACUACAAACAAAAACCAGGGUUACAUUACAUGACCUUUUCCCAAGGUUUGUUUCAGGGGAGAAAAAAGAAAAAAACAAACACAUUAUCUUGUAAAAUUAACUGAAUUCUGUCAUGUUUUUACUUGUUUGGCGAUGAACUGUAAUUUCUUUACCUUGAGAUCUUCACAAUGGCUGCUGUGGAAUAACGUCUAAGACAAUUAUUUAGCAUGUUUUAGGAGGAAAAACUGCAGAAAACUGUCGCGAGCAUUGAAACCCCAUGUCGAGACAGACAUGUAGAGAAACACGGAGUGAUAUUUCUUCAUGCGGCGCUUUUUGGUUUCUUUAUUUUAGUUUUUAUUAGUUGUAUUUCUGAGUGUUGACCUCAGGCUCGUUUUAGAGGUGAUUGUUUUGCUGUCAAAGGAUCAUUUACUGACUUUUCGAAAAGAGUCUGCUGCUACCUUGAGACAGAAGAGACUUAGUAGAGUGAAAAAGGCAGCGCCUCACUGUUCUCCAUGCAGCUACACAUCGUUUUAUCUCUGCCUUCUGUUUGUAUAUUCCUGGUCCGACUCUGGUGAUGGGUAGCUUAUUAGCUGUGGAAGUCUAGUUGUACAUAAUUGCCAAUGUUGUUCUCUUAUAUUAUUAUGAUUAUGAUUAUUAUAUUUGUAUUUAUUGUCAUCGUUAAGUGGCAGUGGCUCUCUACAGUUGCUGUUGAGCUUAUCGGAAAACAGUUUGCGUUGAAUCAGAACACCAGAAUCAGAGACAUCCAUCCGAACGACACUGAAUAUAAAGCCUUAAAACAUCAUCACAUGCUAAAGGAGGUUUUUCAAAGGAGUUUCAAACAACUACUUAAUUUUUUUAUUUCUUUUUUUCUUUUCGAUGUGACGUGAAACUCCCAGUAAGCAGGGAAAUCCCACUGGUGGUCUUUCAGUGGAGGCCUCUUGGUUUUAGUGGAGUGUUGCAGUUAACGUUUUGACACAAAGACAGUUUCACAGAUUGCAUUUGAUUUCCGUGCACCACUUUAUCGACGCAUCACUAGAGAAAAUUAGGCUUCACGCACAUUUGUACCACACAUAAGGGUCUUCUCAAAGUUAAGGGUCUUUCCUUAAGCAUGUCCGCCUCUGCAGAGACCACGCACCUAGCUAGCAUUCUGGAAACCCGUAAAUUAUUCUUAAAAAAGUGUUUGUUUCUCUUACAUUGAGUGACUGACGAGUGGCUGUUCAUGAAACAUUAACCAGGUAGAAAAUAUAAGUGGAAAUAAAAGACAUCCUGUGUUUGAAUACUGUCUAUAUUUUAUAUUAGCCGGCAUUCUAACUAUGCUAACUAGCAACAUCGGCUAACAAACACAGCUUAACCGCAGUUAGCUGUCUCUAACUGGCUCCCAAAUUUAUUUCAUGAGGUCCGCCUCUUUAUAUUUAAGUCAUUUCGCUGUGUAUUUGCUAUUAAUCGACUCAAUUUGCAUCAUAAACAUUUUUUUAUGUAGUUCCAAAUCACCAACACUUCUGAGAAAUUCUGUGCGAAAUAUUGUCAUGAAUUUCAUUAUCGUGAUUACAAGAUGGAAUAUCAUGAUAUAUUUUAUGAUUAAUGUCAAAAUACUGACAGUUACAUGUUUUACUUCAUUUUAAUCUUUACAUUUAUGACAAAUAUAAAAAUAUACUUGGCUAUCACUUUGGUCGCUCAACAAAAUAUGCACCCACCCACUGCAGUGAGGAUAUAUACAGUACAACAUGUAUGCCUGUAAAUUAGCCGUAUGAUUGACUCAAUCCUUGGUAGAAUUUGAAGGAUGCUACACCCUGGAACAGUCCUUCAGGUGGAUGCGGUGAUGUAACAUCCUUGAAAUUCAGCCGUUCGAGGAUCCUUCCUUGACUUUGAGAAGCACCAGUCGUUGACAUAUAUAUAUGUGCAAAAAAAGUGAAGGGAAAACAACAAAAUCCAUCUUAAUCUGCAGCCUGGUUGGUGCAAAUCUCAGUCGUCUGUGUCACAUACACGGUCGUAUCACUGGGUCUGGUCUCUGCAGUUAUUAUUCUCUGCAUUAUUCUCAAGUGACCUCCCAAAAAUGCAAUCUGGAAUUACUGGAUAUAAAAAAAACAGUCGAGGUAAAGUGGUUUUUUUUUUUGGCUUUGUUGGAAAUUGAUCAGAUCCACUGACGCCCCACUACUACUUACACCACUUAACCCUAACCCACACAACAAUCAGACUCUCAUUCAGAAAGCACAAUGUAAAAAAAGAGUGACUAUUGUGACUAAAAGCUAGUGUAUAUUAGAGGUUGUUGAGUAUGAUGAGAGUAUUUAGAGAUAUAUAGUAUUUACUGUUUAUCAGAUUGAAGAUUUAUCAACGAAUCAUUCCUUUGUAGCUUUGUAUAGCUACUUUCAAAAGGUGCCAUCUCUUCAUCCGCCUCACUGUUGGGUCUAUUUUCUCUCUUGUCCUCUGUGAUUGACAGCCACUCUGUCACCUGCCAGAACUGUGGGGGAUACAGCUACUCUGAUAUUAAUGUGGAAUCUGGCACCGCUGCUUUCUUUUAGAGCACUGCAUGGCUGCACUGAGCGGGGCGGGGCAGGGGGGGGGUUAAGGAAUGUGUGUGAAAAAUGUCAUUUGUAGUACACAAGCGUUAAGAAAAUGCAUGCGAAGGUUUCGCCGAUUUGUCUAAGAAACUAAUCUGGGAUUCACUGUGGAGUUUAUGACCACUGGAUUUGAAUUUAAACUGGAGCGGUUUAGAACGUCAGGUCAGAUUUCAAUCGGCGCUUGAAAGUUUUUGAAAAUAGACAUGGGUCAUUGAAAUACUUGAAUUUUGUUGAUAUUUAGGUACAUUUUCGUUACGACGCCACCUACUGUUUCAUGCUCUGCGUUGCUUGAUGUACGUAGACUAGGCCUACGUGGAAACAAACGUUGAGUCGGGAUUGCUAGCGGUGUUGUGGACACUGUCCACUGUCCCGCUCACAAUGGCUAACAUAACUAGCCCUAGUCCUGUUUAUCUAGCAUCAUCUUGUUUCUUUUUAAACCAGAAGAGACCAUAUUUGGAUGAGAGGGUGAGGCUUAGGGAAGAAGAACCACCUCUAACUGCACAGGAAACCAUGCUGUAUGAAACUAGAGAUUGAGAUGAUAAACUGCUCAGGAAAAUCUUUACUGACAUGACAUAAUGCAGUGUGGGAAUGAAAGAGACAACAUUCAUUUAGAUAAUUAACAUGUCUUUGGGGCUGCAAAUAAGGUUUUUUAUAAUUGAUAUUCAUUGGCGUCUCCCAAACCUGGAAAUGUCUUCUUUUGUCCACAAACUGAAAUGAUUUAGGUUUAGUGAUUUCUUUGUUAUAUUCACAUGUCAGAUGCAGAAAAAUCAAAAGGCUUGUUUUAAUUAUAAGGCCACGUAUCUCUUUAACCGUAGGUCAACUCUUCAUUGUAUCCCAGCGUGUUUCACAGACAGAGCGGCCGUAUUCUGAACAGAAUUAAAGUCAUAUUGCAUGGAUUAUGAUGUUUACAUGUCGGUGGUUCAGCCACAGUGACACAGUGUCCAGCUCAAUGCAGCCACGCGCUCUAACUGAGGGCUUCUCUGUUGUACAGGUACAGUACAUUGAGCCCAGCUUGGGUUUGGGUCGUGUAUGUGAGCUCAGACACAGUGUGUGGAGAAAAAAAAAAGCCAAUGCUGCGUCCCGAUGAUACAUUCCUGAACGUCCCUCAGACUGUGCCGCCCGUUGUUUUCAGACCCUCCCACCACGCCAUCAUACCGUGAAAGAGUUACGCCACUGAAAUGUAGUGAAGCUGGCCUUGAUUCAAUGUUUUUUCUGGCAACACGUAAAAAAACAGCGGAUGGAUAUGUAUGUACCUGUAGCUGUAGUGAGGCUGGUGGGUUUGAGCAGCGUGUCACCAGGUUUACCUCAACAAGUGUUGUUACACGAUAUAAAAAGACAUCAAGGCCAUCUCUUUCCCUUCUAUGAGUGUGUUCUUUUCUAUCCUUUUACUGAGUGCAUGCCAACUGAAUGUCCAGUAACUUCUUUGCUGUAGUAUUAGGCCAUGCUACUCUUCAAUGGGUUUUGUGCUUUUCUUACCUUCUUUAUUUUCUAGUAUUCCUAUGAAAGGAGACAGAGACUAAAAAUCUAUUAUAUGAAAUAUACGAUAUAUGACUAGAAAAAAAAAUGGCAUACAUGAAUGAACAUUCACUUUUAUGGCAAUGUUUAAAUGAAAUAUUAAUUCUUUAAUGUACGUUUCAGUAAAACAGCUUUCUCUUCUUACGUGUAGAGACUUAUUGCAGGGAUGCAAGUAUUAUAUAUAAAUAUAUAUAUAUAUAUGGUCUUAAAAGAUUAUCUUGUUGAAAUUCUAGAUGAUGUAGAGUGAUGCAGUUCAAUAAAACUAGAAACCUGGAAA